CUCAAGAAACGUCAUGUUGUGACACGCAAACAGUCUGUGAACGCGUUUUUCUCAAGAAUUAUCCUCAAUUUCUCUGUGUUUUGCCGUGAAAAUGGACGUGACGCCUCUCUUCAAGGCCUGCGUCAAGACGAUCCGCCUCAAGAACAAAUCCCUGCCCGUGCCGGACAAGAAUCGCAUCCUGAAGAAGCGGCCUGCCAACUCAGAGCUCGACUUCAAUGGCCGGUCGAAGGAUAUCCGGCACAAAAUCACGCAACUGAGGGACUUCCUGGUGGAGAAUCGAGCGGCGUACAUGAAGUUCGCGUGUCAUCUGAAGAACUCCGCUCAGAUGACGGACGAGGAGAGGGACUUGAUUGACCAGGAGAGCGAGAAGGUGGUGAACUUCUGCACUCAGUUGAUUCUGGACUUCCGCCAGGAUUGCCGAGGUGCGGAGAAGAGGUCGCCGCAGCAGAUGAGGGAGCACAUGCAGAUUGUCCUGGAGACACUCACGGACUACCUGAAGGCUGUGAAUGACAUCCACGCGAGGCAGAAGAAGCACAGAGUUCAGAGGGAAUUGGAGACUUACAAGUUCAUCAAGCUGGAGUCGGACAAGAAGAAGAUCCCAGUGGUGCCUUACACACCGCCCAAGGCUCGCGAGGAGAUGCGGAGUUCGGAGGAUGAGGAGGAGGAGGACGAGGCGUUGCUGGAGCGAUCGGACGAGGAGAGGAAGGCGGACUCGUCGAAGGAGAGAAAAUCGCUGUCGGGUCGGCUGUCUCUGGACGAGGAGAUCGCCCACAAUGAGUCCGCCUAUGAUGAGGGAGGGAAGCUCAGUGCCGAGGACAUUCAGAUGUUCGAGUCGGAGAACGUGCAGCUGUUCCACGAACUCCAGGGCCUGGCCGAGGAAGUGGAGCAGAUUGAGAGGAAUGUCGUGGACAUUGCCCAGUUGCAGGACAUCUUCACUGAGAAGGUGACUCUCCAGAAGGCUGACAUUGAGAGGAUCUCCAACACGGUCGUCGGCACCACGGAGAACGUCAAAGACGCCAAUGAGCAGAUAAAGCAGGCAAUUCAGCGGAAUGCCGGACUCAGGGUAUGGAUACUCUUCUUUCUCCUCGUCAUGUCCUUUAGCUUGCUCUUCCUGGACUGGUAUAACGACUAAUAAAUCGUGUAAGCCUGGGAAUUUGUCACAAAAAUUGCUUAUAAACCCAAAAAGCCCGAAUUGUGAAUGGAUUUUAACGACUCUUCGGAUUCUGAGGACUUUUCGGCCUCAAAUGCCAAAGAUCUCCACUCUUGCAUAAUCUUCCUCAAAGGUGAGAAUCUAGUAGGAAAGCUGUGAGAUUCUGACUUGAUUUACUCGUCCGUCUUAGGCCUUGAGGAACUCGAUGAAAUUACUCGCUCUCUCGUGAUAGAACUCACUGAAAAGCUGAAGCGCUACGAAGCAAUUCUCCUUGCAAUACAAGAGCUGAAGUCUCGCCACUUUAAAGAAUGUAACAAGCAUUGAAUCUCGAU